UCUUAACCUAGUAGAAUAGUAAAGCCGAUACCAACCAGAUUUCGAUUUAGAGUGAAAACUCAUCAUCAACAUGGGCGUAAGCAAGAUGAAACUUAGCUGGUCGGAGCUUUGUCCUGAUAUGCUGCGAUGUGUUUAUGAACGUCUCAGUUUCACGGAUCUAAUUCGAGCUAAAUCAGUUUGUUCGUCGUGGCACUCAGCUUCGAGAGGCUUCCUCCCUAAACGCAAUCAGAAUCCAUGGCUGAUUCUCUUCCCGAGCAAUGGCAGCCACGAUAGCAAUGGUACUUGCUUGUUCUUCGUUCCGGAGGAUAAAGACAAAGUCUACAAAACCAGAGAUCUUGGUGUUGACUUUGCUCGGAUUCGUUGUCUUGCUACUUACGGUAGCUGGCUCUUGAUGAAGGACAACCUGUGGAAUCUCAACGUUCUGAAUCCCUUAACCGGUGAGAGGAUUGACUUACCUGCACUUACAGAGCCUGUAGUGCCUGAAAGAUUUAGACCAAUGUUGAAAUCUAGUUUAGCUUGUCUCUGGAUUGACGAGAAAACCAAAGAUUACCUAGUUGUCUGGACGAUGGAGCACUUCCUGGUCUUUACCAAGAGAGGGAUUAACAAGUGGCGAGGGUUUUCUUCUAACUACGUGGGAGGGACCACGGGGUAUGUACAAAUGGUCUACGAUCACAAGGCUCAAAAGCUCUAUGCCCAUCGUCUUUGUUAUGGUGACAUCAAGAUCUGGUGUUUCUGUGGAGAUGAUGAGCCGCAAGAAGUUUUUGAAGCCGAGUCUGCUUGCCUUACUGGCUUCAGUUAUCGCGAUUUCCUCCCUAAUAGGUGGCUAAAAAAUGGUUUUGACUUUGAAAAAGAAGCAGGUUUAUUCACGGCUGAGUAUGUUAACGGCUGGAUAAAUAUUGCAAUCACGGUAUCGGGACAAGUCCUCAAGGUAUCUACUGUAGUGCAACGCUCCAAGAGAUGGCUUUUUCGCAUUCACCAGAUAUCUCAUGUGACCAAAAAGUGGAAAGAAAUUGAAUCUUUGGGAGAGGAAGCAUUGAUAUUAGACAUGGGUAUCACUGUUGUCGCCAAAGACAUCCCAGGGAUCAAAAGAAACUCGAUCUAUUUCAGUGGCGUUGGUGAUGGCAGAGAGGACCCGGACAACAUUUUUGUCUUUGAUCUAGCCACCCAAAACAUCCAACGUCUGCCACAGUGUGUUUUUUCUCCCAUUCACUUCUCUGAUGCUCGAUGGUUCUUUCCCGGUUUAAGAAAUUAAUCUUCUUGGUAAAAAACCUUUUCCUCUACGUACUCAUCCUCCUUUGUUUUAUUUUAUACAAGAUUUGGUCUCCUGAUUUUUUUUUUUGGUUAAUAUUAAUCGAAAACAGUAAGAACUUUUAAGGAGGAGAGUUUGAGAAGGAGUUUUGCAUGGCAAAAUAAUACUAUGAAGAAAUAAGAACAUACUAAAUUUGUGCUUAGAAAGCGCGGAUUUAUUUGUUUUUCAUUUAUUAAUCGAAAGCUUAUUUACAAAUUACCAUUAUUUUUGCUUCGAACCAUAACAAUUGAGUUUUUAGGUUUUUAUCAUUUGUUUUUCUUUUCUCUUCAAAAUAUAGUAUUUGUUCGAAAUAUGUAGUUGUUCUAUAAUAAUGUUUGAUUUUUAAGAUUUGUUUUCAUAUUUGACCUAGAUUCAUGGUUGAACCUAUAGACCCGAUACAUUGUAUAAUCCAGUUCAGAUUUAAUGAAAAAUUCGUUAAAUUAAAAUUCUGAUAUAACCCUGUAAAAACCCAAAAACUCACUACUAGCUUGCGAUCUGAUACCAUUGAUCCGAUUACAAAAUUCUGAUAGUACUUUUUUAAAAUAUUGAUUAAAUUACUCAUAUAUUUUUUAAUAUUACAUAAAUUAGUGAUUCCUUAGAAUUUGAUAAAAACUUAUUAUGUUAUCCAAAUAAAAAAUGAUAAUAUAAAAAACCUUAUUGAUAUGAAAAUAUUAGUUUAUUUUCGUUAUUAAUAACCUAUUAUAAGUUUGUGUUUUUAUUUUAGAUUUAAAAAUUGAUUUUAAGAUAGUUUUUAAAAUAUUCUAGAACACUCGUAAUUUCCAUAUCAAUAUUAUGUAUAAAAUGAUAUUAUACAUGGAAAAAUGAUAUUCAAAAUUUCAAAUAUGUAUAUGAUAUAUGGUGUAGGAUAUAGGAUUUUGGUUUGUAUUGAAAAUCUGUAUAAUAUUCAAAUGAUAUAUUUUGAAUAUUGAUACGUAUAUUUAAGAAAAUAAUGUUUUCACAUUUCUUAAUUUAUUUAUAGUUCAUAAUAUAUUUAUACUUAUAUUAAAUAUAAAGUUAGUAUAUCUUUUAAAUAUAUAUAUAUAUGCCCAUUAUUUAUAGAUCAAUUUAGGUGUAUCUGUAGGUUCAAAACCAAAAGACUUAAACUAAUGAAUUUUAUUAAUCAUUUGUAAAAAUAAGGAUAUUUUUGAGAAAAUUGUAAUUUUCAUUAAGGGUAUAAUUUGGGAAUUAUCCUCUUUUAAUGGUAUUGAUGUAAACGAAAAGUAGUUUACUGCAUAAAGAAAUUUUUUUUUUUUUUUGUCAGCACAUAAAGAAU